AUGUCUUCCUAUCUCAUCACUGGCGCAAGCCGAGGUCUCGGAUUCGAAUUCGUUCGGCAUCUUGCUCAGAAUCCAAACAAUACUGUCAUUGGCCUCGUCCGGAACAAGGCUGCGGCUGAUUCAAAGGCCAAGGCAGAGGGACUCCAUAAUGUCCAUAUGGUCGAGGCUCAGUAUACCAAUUUGGAAUCCUUGAAGAAAGCUGCAGAAGUGGUCAAAGAUAUCACCGCAGGGGCUCUCGACUAUUUAGUCAACAAUGCCGCCGUCGUUUCGCAUGUCAGCGGAUUCAAAACCUUGGGAGACUUUGACGAUGAUUUCGAAACUUUGGAAAAAGACCUCAUGGAGUCGCUGGAAAUCAACCUCCUAGGUGUCAUUAAGACAAUACAUGCCUUUUUACCCCUAAUCCGCAACGGCAAGGGAAAAAAGGUCCUCACUAUCUCCACCGGUAUGGCGGAUAUAGACCUGAUCAAUGCGACUGAAGUUGCUUUCGCCGCCCCGUACUCUAUCAGCAAGGGCGCCGUGAAUGUCGCCAUUGCUAAAUACAAUGCCAUUUACAACAAGGAGGGUAUUCUCUUCCUCGCCGUUAGUCCCGGAUAUGUAUCGACUGAGCGAAACCUAGAGGAACCGACACCAGAAGAAGCUGAAAAGGUAGCUGUUCUUGUAAGCAAGUUCGUCGAGUAUGCGCCGCACUUCCAGCGACCUCUGACACCGGAGGAGUCGGUCACUGCUGUCCUUUCUGUCAUGGAUAAGGCCUCAAUCGCCAACGGAGAUGGCGGUGCAUUUAUUUCUCAUUUAGGAAAUAAACAGUGGCUGUAA